GCUUAUUCAAAAAAUAAAUAUGUUUUGAUAGAAAGUGUGGAUGAGUUUUACAGACAAAAAAUUUAUGGCAUUUAGAGAAUAGUAAUUUGACUGAAUUAAAGAAGGUAAGUACUUAAUAAAAAAGGACUUUUGAUAUGCUUGCAUGUACACUCUACUAUUUUAGUAAUAAAUAACAAAUAAAUUAAUAAUUUCAGUAAUUCAAUAGAUCUCAAUUAAUUACAACCUCUCAUUAGAUAAAUAAAGACUUAAAAGUUCUUUUUGUAAAAAAUAUUUACUAUUUAUGUAUUAUCAAAAUUAAUUAAUUUAUUUAUUUAUCUAGUUAAUAAUUAAUUAAUUGUACAUAAAAUAUUUCCAUUUAUUAAACAUAUUUGAUUUUACAUAAGAUAUAGAUAGAUACAUAGAAAUUAAUAAGACAAAGCUUAGCUUAUAAUAUACUUAUUGAUAGCCUUAUUUACUUUACCUAGCACAUAAAUUUGCUCAAUUAUAAAUAAAAAAUAGCUUCUGAAGACCAUGAAUAAUAAUGAUUUGAAUGACUCUAUUUCAUCAUAUUCAGAAGGAACUCCCAUAGUCAACAAAAUUGAUUAAAACUUUGAUUUAUUGGGUUAAUUCAAUUUAAAUUCAGUUGCUUCAAGUCAUAAAAUCGAAAGAAGAUAGUCAAAGUUAGAUAAUGAAGUUUAGGCAUUCCACAGCUAAAAAACUAUCAAAUAUGAGAAGAAACAGACUUUGAAAAUCGCAAACGAAGAAACCCUCAUACUUCCCAACUCUUAAAAGCCAAUCAGGCUCUAUACAAUAUUCGAAUAAGACAAAAUAAAGAAUACAGAAUCUUAAGAUUAGUCAAUAGUCUUAAAGGAAAUAAAUGAACUCAGGUUAUCUAAAUUUGCUAAAUCUUAGAUCAACGGAUAUGACUGCAAUCACUAAAUUGCUCUCCAUCCUUCUUUAUAAUUGAACAAAGACAAAAGAAGUUUUUCAGGUGAUAUAGUUAAAUAUAAAUCCUUAAUUUAAGAUCUUGAUGAUAAGUACAGACAACAGCAAUAGUAAGAUCAAAUGCCUACGAUUAUGAUUGCAUAAGCAGUCUCUUAGCCAAAUUUAAAUGGAUCUAAUGCUCGUAGAAGUAGCCAAAUAAACAUUUUCCCUAGAAAAAAACAAAAAGAGAGUCUUUUGGCUUAAAAAUUUAUAGUUAUGAGAUAGCAGAGAAAGAAAAAAAAAUAAGCAAAGAAAUUAAGAAGAAAAAGUUGUACGUGCCAUGAGUGUGGAGGUCCUGCUACUGCUUAUCAAAUAAAGCAUAAUGAUAUGGACAUUCAAUCAGCUAUGGCAAGAAAAGUUUAACUCGCUAAUAUGGUCAUUCAAAAUUUUAAAUCACAAGCAAUCGAUAGUAAAAAUUUAAAGCUAAGGAAAGAAAAGUAGCUGAGUGUUUUAAAAGCAGCUUUAGACAAAACAUUCUUUGAAUAAUCAGACAAUUAAGGAUAAAACGAACUAAAAUUAUCUGAUUCGCUUUAGUAAUUUUAAUAAGAAUAAGCUAAAUAUGAAAGACUAGAAAGAGGAAAUUCAAAGGGAAGAACAAAUAUCAGAAUGACAUGCAUUGGAGACUGCUCACCUGAUAAAAAUACUCCUGCUAGCAAAAUGACAGACUAAGAUUACAAAGAAAGACUUACUUAAACUGAUUUAGAUAAUUAUAAGUUUAACAGAAAUAAAUCCAACUACUCUCGUCCAUAAGAAAAUAUUAAAAAAAUGAGAUAAACAAUGAUACAAUACAACAUUAUUGAGUCACUAACCAAUAUUCAUGAUGAAAGCAGCCAAUAAACAAAUAGAAAAUAAAUGUUCAAAAAUAAUACUUUGUCGAUGAGUCUUAAAAAUCUUACUAUUCCAGAGAAAUAGUCUCCAGAAAAAAAACAGUUCCCUUAUAAAUUAUAGCAAAGAAAUUCAUAAAACUCAAUUUUAAAAUAGCUACCACCUAAAAUUAUUUUAAGAAAAGACUUGCAAAAUUUAUUCUUUAAAUAAUCAGUGCCUUUUGAAAAGUUAAUUGAUGGAAUCGAAUAAACAGCACAUGAAGAUACUUUAAAAUCAUAAAGAUUUAACUUAUAAGCUCACAGUAAUAGAAAUAUUCCAAAGUCAUCUAUUGAUUUAAGUUCAACAACUUAAUAAUUCUUUUAAAGUGUUAUUUUAUAAAGAUAAACAAAAACAAAUACUCAUUCUUAGUCUGAUCUUACUCUUAAAUCAGCUCUCACUUCUUCAAGCAGCAAAUACAACACUAAUAUUCCUAGCCCUGCAAAAUUAAAAAACACUCCUGUUAAAUCUAACGAAAAAAAUUUUUUCCAUAAUUAAAACGGUUUGGAACAGCACAACCUUUUCUUUAAUAAAGAUCAACAUACAAAGCCUUAAAUGAUAAAUCCUUACACAAAAAAUAGAAUGACUCCAUUGAGGAGCAGGAGUCCAUAAGUUUUACCUUAAUUAUAAUUUUUGAGUGUAUCAACUCAAAAGUGAAAUGAAUUGCAUAAAUUACCACAUAUUUAUAUUAUUUAUUUUUAUUUUAAGUUAAUUUUAUAUUUAGACUGUAUCUUAUUUUAUAAUAUUUAUUUUACCAAAACAAAACAAAUACUUAACUUAAUAAAU